AUGUCCGCCACCCUACCAAUGGCGCAGCUGCUACCCACCUCAUCUGGUCUCUCUUACUCACUCGCGGCCCCUACGUCCGCUCGGAUCGACUCGCGGACAUCCCGCACUGCUUCGCACCUCUCGUCUCGCCGCAUUCUCACGCUCUCUCCUUUUCCUGCGUCCUCCGCCCUUGACCGCAAAUGCCGCGGAGAAAAUCCACCCCGAAGCCUCUCGAUUUACGCGCAGGCCAAGUCACGCCCGCGUAAGCAGUCCUCCGCAAACCCCUCCUCAAAACCCUCGCCUUCAUCCUCCGAAACUCGUUCCGUCCCUGCUGCGAAAGCCGCGCCGCCGCCUAUCCCGCGCGUGAUCCCGCCGGAAUCCCUCGAGGAUGCUCUCCGCCAAGCCGGCGAAUGCGUGGCCGCCGCAAUUCGCGCCGCAUCUCGCGCCGCAGAGCCUAUGACACUUAAGCAGCGCAAGCAGAUUUCCGGCAAGGGGGGCAGCGGAGGGGGUGGGGGAGGGGGAGCGGCUUCCGCCGGCGCGCGCUUUCAGGUGGAAAUUCCGCUGCGAGACGAUUCCCCCAAGGUGCUGGCGGAAACGGCGCAGGACUUGGUGCGGAGAGCCGUUGGCCUGGUGCGAUGGCGGGGGGGUGCGGGGAGAGGGGCGAGUGUAGGCGGAAAUGCCCCCGCAAAAUGCGCAGUGUCGCUUCUGUUCGGCCCUGCUGCUGCCGCCGCAGCAGCAGCUACUAAUAAAGACCCAGCAGGAGCAUCAGCAGCAGUGAUCGAGUGGGACAUAGCUAGCUUGGAUGAGCGGCCGUCAGUGCCUCGCGACGCGGCGCUCGUGUGCAUAGUAGGCCCCACGGAGGCGCAAGCGGGGAAAGUCAGAUCCGUGCUCAACAGCGCAGGAAACACGCCCGUUCUCCUCCUCAACCCCGCCUGGGCUUCCGCGCCCGCCGCCUCUGCUGAUUCCGAUGUUCCAUCCUCGUUAGUAGCGGAUUUCGUGAAGGAAUUCGACGUGGUGUACUGCUUCAUGCCGCUGGCCGUGCAGGGGCUGUUCGGGGGGAACGAGGGCGCGCUGAUGCGCGUGGUGGGGGGAGCCGAUGCGGGCGCAGGGGCAAGUGCAGGCGCGGGCACGGGCGGUCCAGUGCCGUGGGUGUUACUGACGCAGAAGAAGGGCGAGAGUGCGAUGCGGCCGCUUACCGCGCUGCCCACUCGCCCUGAUGCGGAGAGGAUUGAGACGGUGCUGUAUGCUGCUGUUGCAAAGGACUCCCCCAUUUCCAAGGGGGUCCAGUUUUUCAAGGCUAUGAUCGGCCAAGGAGGGGGGAAGGCUAGCCAGCCAGUGGUGUUGGCUGGUGGUGUCCAUUUUGUUUUGGUGUGCAGAGCAACAGACACGGAUCUUGAAUAG